CCCAUUUACACUCCCUAGUCAACAAAACAAUAGAAUAGUAGUAGCUAGUAUACCACUCCCGUCAAACCACAAGAUUUUUCAUCGCAGUGAUUUAUGUAUACGCGUUCUUUGAUUUGUAUUUGUAGACUCAAUCUAAUUAGAGGCCUGUUUCCACUGCCCAUUUCUGAAAAUCUCUCUCUCUCUCUCUCUCUCUCUCUCUCUCUCUCUCUCUCUCUCUAAUAGUGUAUAUAAUCUGAAGUUCUGAACACGUACAUAUAGGCUAGGCUUGGACGGAUCUCCAUUGAUUACCAAUCCAUUUGACUUAGGAAGAAGAAAGUAAUGGGAGGAUCACCAACACCAUCAGUUCUUUAUGCCUUGGCCUUUUUUUUUGUUUCCCUCUUGGGCUUGGUUCAGAUUGUCCGAGCUCAAAAUGGUACUACUCCUCCUUCCGAAGUGAGUGCUUUGAACUCCGUCUUCAACCAAUGGGGAUUAUCAUUAUCCUCAACAAAUUAUCAAUGGAACAUAAGUGGAGAACCAUGCAGUGGAACCGCCAUCAAAACUACCUGGGACGUCUACAAUACAGAUUACAGUCCCGGUAUCAAAUGCGAUUGCAAUGGGACUGUUUGCCACAUUACCCAACUGUGCUAACCCGGAACCAUAGCUUGCAUUGCUUGGCGUGCUUAGAGUGUGGACAUUAUUUUUGAGAGCUAACUGAAGGAGUUAUUUAUUCAUCUUUGUAAAUUUAUUUUGAAAG